GCCGUGCGGCCGGGUGGGGGCUUGUGUUUGCAGCGUUGCAAGGGUGGAUGCUGCUCCCAAACUGGCUCACUACAAUGUUGCGGCGGCCGACAUUUCAGCACAAAUAAGUCGCAGGUGAUUAGGUGUGCUGUCCUGGCUGCUGUCUUCUUAUGGUCCUGGUGUUUCCCGUGCAGGUGAUUAGGUGUGCUGUCCUGGCUGCUGUCUUCUUAUGGUCCUGGUGUUUCCCGUGCAGGUGAUUAGGUGUGCUGUCCUGGCUGCUGUCUUCUUAUGGUCCUGGUGUUUCCUGUGCAGGUGAUUAGGUGUGCUGUCCUGGCUGCUGUCUUCUUAUGGUCCUGGUGUUUCCCGUGCAGGUGAUUAGGUGUGCUGUCCUGGCUGCUGUCUUCCAUCCAUGAGCGAGGCGUGGGAGCGACGGCCAUGGACGACAAGGGCUCGGCGGGGAAGAUCAGCGUGUCCUCGGACUCUGUGUCCACUCUCAACAGCGAGGACUUUGUCCUGGUGUCCCGGCUGGGCGACGAGACGCCGUCCUCCGCCAACAACGGCAGCGACGACGAAAAGACGGGUCUGAAGGUGAUUUCAGAGGAAGGAGUCAGCUUUAAGAUCGUGGGCAAUGGAAGCGAGCAGCAACUCCAGAGGGAGUUGGAGGACGUCCUCCUGGAACCGCCCGUGGCCCCGGCGAGCGCGGGGGAUCAUCACGCCACCAUGGCAACGUCCGUGGCGCCGGGCGCCGACCCGCUCAGCACGCCCUCCCCCAAGUUGGAAAUGGCGCUCCCCGUUCAGACAGCUCAGGAGAGCGAGCUGAACGAGCGCUCGUAUAGAGGAGACGAGUCCUCGUCGGACGGCAGCCCGGGCAGUCCCAUCCCAGACGAGGACAGCGUGGUCUUCAGCCAACUGACGUAUCUGGGCUGCGCCUCGGUCAACGCGCCCCGCAGCGAGGUGGAGGCCCUCCGCAUGAUGAGCAUCCUCAGGGGCCAGUGCCAGGUCCCCUUGGACGUCACGCUGUCUGUGCCAGGCGUGUCCGAAGGCACCGUCAGGCUGUUGGACCCCCACAGCAGCACAGAGAUCGCCAACUACCCCAUCUACAAAAUCCUGUUCUGCGUGCGCGGCCACGACGGCACGGCGGAGAGCGACUGCUUCGCCUUCACCGAGAGCCACUACAACGCUGAGAUCUUCAGGAUCCACGUCUUCCGCUGCCAAAUCCAAGAGGCGGUGAGCAGGAUUCUGUACAGCUUCGCCACCGCCUUCCGCCGCUCAGCUAAGAAGGCGGCGCUGGCGGCGUCCCAUCAGGCCGCGCCGCUGACGCCGGACAGCGACUUGUUUACCUUCACCGUCAGCCUGGAGAUCAAGGAGGACGACGGCAAGGGCACCUUCAGCGCUGUGGCCAAGGACAAGGACAAGCAGAGCUUCAAGCUGCGUGCAGGCAUGGGCAAGAAAAUAGUCAUCUAUGUGCAGCAGACGUCCAACAAGGAGCUGGCCAUCGAGAGGUGUUUUGGUCUUCUGCUGAGCCCUGGCAAGAAUGUGAAGAACAGCGACAUGCAUCUUCUGGACCUGGAGUCCAUGGGAAAGAGCUCGGACGGGAAGUCUUACAUCAUCACGGGAAGUUGGAACCCCAGCACACCUCAGUUCCAGGCCGUCAACGAGGAGACGCCCAAAGAUAAAUCCAUGUUCAUGACCACGGCCGUGGACCUGGUCAUCACCGAGGUGGAGGAGCCGGUGCGUUUCCUCCUGGAGACCCGGGUCAGGGUCUGCUCCCCCAACGACCGCCUCUUCUGGCCCUUCGGCAAGCGGAGCCACACCGAGACCUUCUACCUGAAACUGCGGCAGAUGGAACGCAAGGAGCGCAAAAGUCCCUCCUCGGACACGCUCUACGAGGUGCUGAGUUUGGAGAGCGAGACGGAGCGGGAGAAACGUAAGACCACAGCCAGUCCCGGCGUCCUUCCUGGUGGGCCCGAUUCUGUGGUUCCUUCUCCGCCCGAGGACGACGAAGAGGAAGAUAAUGAUGAACCACUGCUGAGCGGUUCUGGUGACGUCUCCAAAGAGUGUGCAGAGAAGAUCCUGGAGACCUGGGGAGAUCUGCUGACCAAGUGGCACCUGAACCUGUCCGUGCGCCCCAGGCAGCUUCCUGCCCUGGUGCGCAGUGGCAUACCCGAGGCGCUCCGUGGGGAGGUGUGGCAGCUUCUCGCCGGCUGCCACAACAACGACCACCAGGUGGAGGAGUACCGCACGCUCAUCACCAAGGAAUCCCCGCAGGACAGCGCCAUCACUCGGGACAUCAACAGGACCUUCCCGGCUCAUGACUACUUCAAAGACACCGGAGGGGACGGACAAGACUCACUCUAUAAGAUCUGCAAGGCGUACUCGGUGUAUGACCAGGAGAUUGGUUACUGCCAGGGACAAUCCUUCUUGGCUGCUGUGCUGCUGCUGCACAUGCCAGAGGAGCAGGCGUUCAGCGUGCUGGUGAAGAUCAUGUUCCAGUACGGCCUGAGGAACCUCUUCAAGCAGAACUUUGAGGACCUGCACUGCAAGUUCUUCCAGCUGGAGCGACUCAUGCAGGAACACUUACCCGACCUCUACGCCCACUUCCUCAACGUGGGCCUGGAGGCUCACAUGUACGCCUCCCAGUGGUUCCUCACCCUCUUCACCGCCAAGUUCCCGCUCUACAUGGUCUUCCACAUCAUCGACCUGCUGCUGUGCGAGGGCAUCAGCGUGAUCUUCAACGUGGCUCUGGCGCUCCUCAAGACCUCCAAAGACGACCUGAUCCAGGCCGACUUCGAGGGCGCCCUCAAGUUCUUCCGCGUGCCGGUUCCCAAAAGGUAUCGCUUUGAGGAGAACGCCAAGAAGCUGAUGGAGCUGGCCUGCAGCAUGAAGAUCAGCCAGAAGAAGCUGAAGAAGUUUGAGAAGGAGUACCACGCCAUGAUGGAGCAGCGGGAGCAGCAGGAGGCUCCCAUCGAGCGAUACGAGAGGGAGAACCGGCGCCUGCAGGAGGCCAACAUGCGCCUGGAGCAGGAGAACGACGACCUGGCGCACGAGUUGGUGAGCAGCAAGAUCGCCCUGCGCAAAGACCUGGACAAUGCGGAGGAGAAGUCAGACGCCCUGAACAAAGAACUGCUGCUGACCAAACAGAAGUUGGUGGACUCUGAAGAUGAGAAGAGACGACUGGAGGAAGAGUCAGCUCAGCUGAAGGAGAUGUGCAGGAGAGAGCUGGACAAAUCAGAAGCAGAGAUCAAGAAGAACGGCUCCAUCAUUGGAGAGUACAAGCAGAUCUGCUCUCAGCUGAGUGAGCGUCUAGAGAAACAGCAGACGGCCAACAGAGGAGACUUGGACAAAAUACGAGCCAAAGUGGAGUCGUGCGACAAAUGCAGCAACCUCUUCAACAAAGAAGGGCGCGUCAGGGCGGCCGUGGCGGCGGCGGCGGCGGCGGGAGGCGGCGAGGAGACGGACGAGGAGAAGGAGGAUCUGAAGAAGCAGCUGAGGGAGAUGGAGUUGGAACUGGCUCAGACUAAACUGCAGCUGGUGGAGGCCGAGUGCAAAAUCCAGGACCUGGAACACCACCUGGGUCUGGCCCUGGGCGAGGUCCAGGCAGCCAAGAAGACCUGGUUAACCCGCACCCUCAGCUCCAUCAAGACCGUCACGGGCAAGGACACCGCCUAGGCUGGCCCCGCCCACUUCCUCUAAAAACUACUUACUGCUGAUAGGAGGAGGAGGAGGAGCCUAACUGUAACCAUGGUAACACACACACACACUCCCUUCCUUUCUUCUUCCACUGGCACAAACUUCAAUCUUUUUAGGUACGAAAUAUCUGCUUUUUUUUGUUGUAAUAUAAAUAAUAUUCUUUUUUUUUCUAUGUACAGUUUAUUGUUGACAUCACCUGAAUAUGUUCACAAACUAUUCUUUACUGACUAUGUACAGUUUGUUGUUGACAUCACCUGAAUAUGUCCACACAGGAAGAGCACUAGCUUGUGUGUGCGUGUGUGUGUGUGUGUGUGUGUGCGUGCGUGUGUCUGUAA